AUGUACAUUUCAACACUUCUUACUGCCUUGCUGGCUAGCACAGUUGGUGCAUGGAUGCCAGGUGGUGAAAAAGACCUCCGUUCAGAAGAUGGAGUAUCUCUCUUUAACCCGGAAGCCAAACAUCCCACGGCCCGUCGCUGGACUCCAGCCUCCGGCAAGAUUCGAGGUGUGAAUCUCGGGUCUCUUUUUGUCUUCGAGCCAUGGAUUGCUGAAACCGCAUGGUCAGCUAUGGGUUGCGGUCCAUACCAGUCUGAGUUUGAUUGUGUGGCUGGUUUGGGACAAGCAAAAGCUAACGCUGCUUUUCAAAAUCACUGGAAGACUUGGAUCAAUGCUGCUGAUAUUGCUCAAAUGGCAAGCUUCGGUAUUAACACAAUCAGAAUUCCAGUCGGAUAUUGGAUGAUGGAAAGUUUGGUUUACGCCGAUAGUGAACACUUUCCUCAAGGCGGUUUCCAGUAUCUUGAGAGUAUUUGCAACACGGCUGCUAAUGCCGGAUUCUUCAUCAUUAUCGAUAUGCAUGGAGCUCCGGGAGCGCAAGUUGCAAACAACCCGGAUUCAGGACAAUAUGCCUCGACUCCCGGUUUCUAUGCUGAUUAUCAAUAUGCUCGUGGAGUGCAAUUCCUUUCUUGGCUCACAACAAAUAUUCACAAGAACUCUGCUUUCAGAAACGUUGGCAUGAUUGGUGUUGUGAACGAACCAGUCCAAGAUGCUGGGCAGGCUGCGGGUAUGAUUUCGCAGUUUUAUCCCGCGGCAUACAAGGCCAUUCGAGCUGCUGAAGCAGCGGCAGGUGUAAACUCGAAUAACUACUUGCAUGUUCAGGCUAUGGAUCAAGGAUGGGGCUCUGGAGAUCCAAAUGCUGGACUGGCUGGGGGUGUUUCUUUGGCUUAUGACGAGCAUCGCUACCUCAAAUGGUCCACCGUCGCCGUCUCCCAAACCGCCUAUCUCCAAUCUUCUUGUACAUACAAUCCUAUUUCCAGCACCGGUGGCCCAACAGUCGUAGGAGAGUUCUCUCUUUCUCCUCCAGACAACGUACAAGAUACAGCGGGCUGGACGACAUCUACUCAAGGUGCAUUCUAUAAAAAAUGGUUUGAGGCACAAGUUAUGGGAUAUGAAAAUCACGCAUUGGGAUGGAUUUUCUGGACUUGGAAGGCACAGUUGAAUGAUUACCGUUGGAGUUAUUUGGAUGCGGUAAACGCGGGAGUUAUUCCAAAGGAUUUGAAUAGUGUGGCUGGAAGUGGUGCUUGUAAUGGUUUUUAG